AUGAUUUAUCUUUGUUUGGCCCCCAGUAACCAAACAGAAGGAGGCAUCUACAUCAAACGCUGCUGUAAAGGAUUUUGCAUUGAUAUACUGAAGAAGAUUGCCAAGUACGUCAAAUUCACCUACGAUCUCUACCUGGUGACCAACGGAAAACACGGCAAGAAAAUCAACGGAACGUGGAAUGGGCUGGUUGGCGAGGUGGUCAGGAAGAAGGCCCACAUGGCGGUUGGCUCUCUGACCAUCAAUGAAGAACGUUCUGAGGUCGUGGAUUUUUCUGUACCUUUCAUAGAGACUGGAAUCAGCGUCAUGGUCUCCCGGAGCAAUGGCACCGUCUCCCCCUCAGCGUUCCUAGGUAACUGGCCUCUGACACCCUCUCCCCUCUCCUCCUCUCACACACUCUCGAGCCUGUGCUGCUACUGCCCCCUCCUGUUCAUCUGUGCCACUGCAACAGCCCCCACUUUAGCCUCCCCCACCUCCCCCCCUCCCGACGACGAACGACUCGCUCGCGCCCCACCAUCCAAUGUGGAUUCCACUCACAAACUACUUGACGUGACCUAA